AUGCGUUCCCUCAGGGCCAGCCGCCUCCCGCUGAGGCCGCUCCCUCGCCACCUCUCCACGUCUUCGCCCGCCGCUCCCAAGCCGGCGAAGGCCCUCAGCUCGGUGCUCAUCGCCAACCGCGGCGAGAUCGCCAUCCGCAUCAACCGCACGGCGGAGCGCAUGGGCAUCCGCGCCACCACCGUCUACACCGACGUCGACGCCGGCUCGUGGCACGCGUCGACGGGCUUCCAGUCGCUGGGCCUGGGCCCCGCCAACGGCUACCUGGACGGCGACAAGAUCAUCGCCCUGGCCAAGAAGCACGGCAUCCAGGCCCUGCACCCCGGCUACGGCUUCCUCUCGGAAAACGCCCAGUUCGCGGCAAAGUGCGAGAGCGAGGGCAUCGUCUUUGUGGGGCCGCCCGCCGCGGCCAUGGCCGACAUGGGCGACAAGGCGCGCAGCAAGGACAUCAUGACGGCGGCCAACGUGCCCUGCGUGCCGGGGUACCACGGCCCGGAGCAGGGCGAGCGGGAGCUGCUCCGGCGCGCCGGCGACGUCGGCUUCCCCGUGCUGCUCAAGAGCGUGCGCGGCGGCGGCGGCAAGGGCAUGCGCAUCGUCAUGACGCCCGACGACUUUGCCGCCCAGCUGCGCAGCGCGCGCGCCGAGGCCCGCGCCUCCUUCGGCGAGGGCGGCGAGGUCAUGCUGCUGGAGAAGUACAUUGUGCGGCCGCGGCACGUCGAGGUGCAGGUCUUUGCCGACCGCCACGGCAACACCGUCGCCCUGGGCGAGCGCGACUGCAGCGUCCAGCGGCGGCACCAGAAGGUGCUGGAGGAGUCGCCCGCCCCGGACCUGGACGAGGCCACGAGGCGCGACCUGUGGGACAAGGCCCGCCGCGCCGCCGCGGCCGUGGGCUACGUCGGCGCCGGCACCGUCGAGUUCAUCCUCGACCGGGACACCGGCGCCUUCUACUUCAUGGAGAUGAACACGCGCCUGCAGGUGGAGCACCCGGUCACGGAGAUGGUGACGGGGCUGGACCUGGUCGAGUGGCAGUUCCGCGUCGCCGCCGGCGAGCCGCUGCCCCUGAGCCAGGCCGAGGCCGAGGCGCGGAUGCGCAGCCUCGGCGCCGCCGUCGAGGCCCGCGUGUACGCCGAGAGCCCGGAGAGGGGCUUCGUGCCCGACUCGGGCAAGCUCGUGCACGCGGCCCUGGCGGACUGGGCGCUGGCCGACCCGGACGUCCGGCUGGACUGGGGCUUCGGCUCCGGCAGCGCCGUGUCCGAGGCCUACGACGGCAUGAUCGCCAAGCUGAUUGUGCGCGGCGACGACCGCGCCCAGGCCGUCGCCAAGCUGGCCGCCGCCCUGCGCGCCUUUGAGAUUGCCGGCGUCAGCACCAACGUCGAGUUCCUCAAGCGCCUGUGCCGCUCGCCCGCCUUUGUCGCGGGCGACGUCGAGACGGGCUUCAUCGACAAGUGGCGCGACGAGCUCUUCCGCCCGGCCCGCAUCCCCGACGAGGUCUUUGCCCAGGCCGCCCUCGGGCUGCUCGGCCCCCCGGACCUGCGCCGCGACGCCGAGCCGCACGGGCUGCCGCACGGGCUGCCGCUCGGCUUCGGCGACGCCCACGCCUCCUGCCCCCAGCGCCGCCUGGCCUUCAAGAUCCUCGACGGGUACAGCGCCGACGAGGGCCAGAUUGUCGACGUCGCCGUCACGCAGACCGGCCGCAACCUCUACGACAUUGCCGUCACGCCCGCCGACGCCGCCGCCGACGCCGACGCCGACGCCGGCACCACGACAACGUUCCGCAGCGUCGCCACCGAGCCCCGCGCACAUGGCGCCGUCGUCACGCUGCAGACCUACUUCCCCGGCGAGAGGGUGCUCUCGUCCGUGGUGCCCCAGCCGCGCGACGACGGCACCACCAGAGUCACCGUCUUCCAGCACGGCGUCAAGACCGAGCUGGCGCUGCUGCCCCCUGCCUGGCACGACAAGGCCCUGGGCCUCAAGGAGGCCGCCGCCUCGGUCGCCGCCCCCAUGCCCUGCAAGGUGCUGAAGAACGAGGUCGCCGAGGGCCAGGAGGUCAAGAAGGGCGCCCCGCUUGUCGUCAUCGAGUCGAUGAAGAUGGAGACGGUGAUUCGCUCGCCGCAGGACGGCGUGGUCAAGAAGCUGGUCCACAAGGAGGGCGACAUUUGCAAAGCGGGCACCAUCUUGGUGAUUUUUGAAGACGACCAAGCCAAGGCGUCGUAG